GACUUACUUCCUUUUCUUACUGCUGUUUGCUCUUGUGUGGCUUCUGCGUAAACAGCAUUUGGGUUUUGCUUCAAGUUUUUGUGCUUCUGAUUUCCAGCAACAGAACCGAAAGUUGUAAGCAACAGCAGGCAGAAGAAGGGGAUUGAGCACACCAGGAGGAACACCAGCUGAGAAAGACAGAGAGCUCCUGCUCGAGACAAUGAAUUCUUCUGAGAUGAUGCUAAAUGACAGCUCCACUAACAGCUCAUUCAACUGUAGCACGGAUGCCUUCAAGCAAGUCAUUUAUCCCAUUGUGUACCUCUUAAUCUUUUUCCUGGGCAGCGUUGGAAAUAGCCUCUCCAUAUAUGUUUUCCUCCAGCCUUCCCAGAGGAAGACCUCAGUAAACACUUACAUGCAGAACUUGGCAGUUUCGGAUCUCAUGUUUGUGAGCACUUUGCCCUUCCGGGCCACCUAUUACCUGUUGGGAUCACAAUGGGUGUUCGGAGAUAUCCUCUGCAGGAUCAUGACGUACACCAUGUAUGUGAACAUGUACUGCAGCAUUUAUUUUCUCACCGUGCUCAGUGUGGUUCGAUUCACGGCCAUCGUCUACCCAUUUAAGAGCUGGAAAGUAAGCAACAUGAAGUAUGCCAAGAUAAUGUGCGCAGUGAUAUGGGUCUUUGUUCUGGCGGCCUCCAGCCCUCUGCUGAGCAAAGCAAUUGCUGGGUACGAAAACCCAGCCAAGUGCUUGGACCUCCACCCCAGCAGCACACACAGGCUCCUCAUGAUGAACAGCUUUGUCCUUGUUGUGGGCUUCAUCUUGCCUUUUUGCACGAUUAUCGUCUGCUACAUCUUUGCCAUCAGAGCGCUGCUCAAGUCCAAGACUCCCCAGCGCAAGAAGGCAGUCUGUCACAAGAAAGCACUGUCAACCAUCAUCAUCACUCUCAUCCUCUUCCUCCUGUGCUUCCUGCCAUACCACAUACUGCGGACAGUCUACCUGGUGUUCGGUGGCUGCAGCCCGGACAAUCUGUUUGUGCACAAAGCACAGGUGGUCUCGCUCUGCCUUGCUGCCACCAACAGCUGCCUUGACCCCGUGCUAUAUUACUUCGCUGCUGAAAAUUUCAAAGCAAGAAUCAGAAGUUUAUACCGAAGGUAGCUCAUGCAGAAUUGCAGUAUUACAUACCCGCACCCCUGCCAAGACAUCUAGACUGGUUCUAUACUAUGUGAUGAAAGAGGCUAUGUGGUGCUGACCAUACUGCUCUGUGCCAGGCCCCUUGGGUACAAAAGUGUUUGGGAUAAAGUUCAGUGGGGAUGGCCAAUGCCAAGACAGGAGCUCAGCAGUGUGGGUGAUUGGAGGUCAGGUGCCUGGGUGUGAUCUGUGGUCCACUUCUAUUGAGCGCUAUAGAUGUACUUUCAAUAUCCACCCUCCUCACAACAAGGGAACAAAAGGGAUUUGCCUUGCUACUGGAGUGCAUUUCUUUCAUUUCACAAUACACAGACAUUGAUUUGAAGGGAAACUGCUCAUAUGAGAAUCUGUCUGCUCUCCAUUUGCCUGUGUGCGUGUAGAAGUGCCUGUCUUAGAUGCUGUGCCACCCAACAGCUUCAUAGUACCCUGCCAGAUCUCUCUUCAGAUUCUGGCCAGAAGUUUAUACGUAAUAGAAAAGUAAACUGUGAAGAUACUAUCUGCUGUGGCUGACUGUGUAAAGCAAGAAGAGAACCAAGUGAAACCCACGAUAGCUCAGGCUGUUCAGAAAGCAUUAACAUUUCUAAAUACGCCUCUCUGAGGAGACCACUGAGGUAUUUUGCAUAAUGUUUCACUGAUUACCAAGUGAGGUGACAAUUUCCAGCAAACAGUGUGAUCUGAUGAUUAACAAUGAAGGCAGGAUGGGGGCUGGCACAGAGCUGGAGGACCGGAGGUUUGGCAGCUCAUCUCCAUGCAAAGAUCCAGAGGCAAACUAGAAUUAUUUAGGCAAUGGGGAGCUACUCCUAUGCGUGCUUUGGAAAAUAUCACAAAAUUGCUGCCUGCAUUUUUAAGUCCCUAUUUUCUAACAUAUUUCCUGCAAAUCAAAACAGUUGCAGUUAAGUGAAAACAGGGUCCAAACUCUGUUUGGCCACAUUCAAUGUUGCAUUAAAAAAAAUAAAGAUGAGAAAGUUCAUCAUGUUUUCCAGGAGAGUAGCCUCUUGUGUGAGAUCUUCAGCAAUGCUGAGCCCUUCCUUCCUUGUGAAAGCCACCCAAAGGGAGGUUUCUAACAGAGAAGGUGCUUUCUCAAUGCUCUGAACUUCGUUGGAGAAAACACUCAAUAGAGUGAAUGUUAUUACUACCAAGCAAAAAUAACUCUAACUAGCUGUUUUCAGCUCCGUCCCAAAUUCACAGAAAACAAAUCUUUGCUGGUCAGGUGGAAAAGUACUUGGCAUGUCAUUGGGAAAAUCACACUUCUCUUGGCUAUGUAGGGCUGUGUUCAAUUGAAGAGUCAAUGUGUUUUAGUCAUUUUCUUCUGUCUUUGAUGUAAGCACGACAUUUUAUCGUUAAAUCUUAGUAAUGUUCAUGUUCCAAACCCUUAAUUCAAUACCUCAAAUUGGCUUAUGUGUCUUAGAGUUGACCUACUGAAGCCAUAUAAACACCUGCAGUGCUGAGUCCCACGCUCUUGAAGGAAUAGGGAGUAAUGCCUCUGAAUUGCAAUGGCAGCAGGAUCAAGAUGGGAGCUUGUGCAAAGGGAGAGCAGACAAAUAAAUAGAAGGAAAGGGGGCAACCUCUUUUUCUGCAGUUUUCCCUUGCCCUGAGCAGGGACAAGUGACAAUCUCAGAGCCUCUGACGAGGUGUUGUACACCUUAAACGCUACAAGGGAAUGGAAAGUAAUUAGGGAGGUGGUUAUCCUCAGCCUAAUCUCACUAAUGCGUUUGCAACCGUGCCUAUCCAAAGGUAUCCUAUUAGUGAGUCAUUUUGCACCUAAAGAGUAAUUUAUCCCACUUCUAGGGUUUUUUGCAUAGAAUAUGAUUCAACUUUGUUAGCAAUUGAAUGAACUGUCAAAACCGAGUUUCAAUAAACUAGAUUUACUAGUUGCUGAAGUUAUGCUUUGUAUUGAUUGCACAGCUAACAGGGAGUGCAGGGGGAGAAAGACAAAGAUAUAGAGAUUGAAUGUUUGUUAAAUGGUCUUAUUUCACAAGGGAGAAAUGUCUUUGGAUGUGUGAGAGCAUCCCACUGUCUUCUUCACUUCACCAAGAAAAUGGUUGGGAACAUGAGUCUAAAUCUGGGGUGUAGAUAAUAGCAAAAGAUUUUCUAAGUGUUAUUUACUUGCAAAAGGACUGAAGAUCAUCCUUGCCAGAGAUCCUCAUGCACAGCUUUAGCAUUGCAUAACAUGCCGUGCUCACACUCACUGCCAUUUCUCCAUUUGAAACCCUUGUAUGUUUCUGCACACAGUGCAUAAGACCAGUGAUCUUCACUGUGGAAAUAAAAAAUGUAGUAAGAAAAUCCCCACAGCAUUUAUUAUAAAAAUUGUAAAACCAGUUAUUAUAAAAAAAACAGUUAAAUUGCUAACGGUGCCUCUGGAUCCCUCAAGGGACCACCUACCCUGAAAAAAGCAUUUUGAUACGCUUCCUGUUUUCUAGGAGACAAAAUCUAUGAAUAGCUACAUUUGUAGAAAAUGAAAGUGGUAAAAUGUUGAGCUCGAGAGAGAUCUAAGUAUAGAAAAUGAUGUCUUUAAGUGAUCAUAAAUGAUUUAAUUACCCAUAAAUGAUUGUAAAUAUAGUUUCAUAUGCGUGUUUUCCUGUCAUUCAUGAAAGCCUUGGAGUUUCUAGACAAAGGUAAUUUUUUCGUCCAAAACUACACCAGAGACAAAAUAGAUCUUCUGAAGUAAUCCUAUAGCCUGGAUCACUUGAUCCUCAACGCAAGGAAAUAUCACUCCUCACUUUUGCAUUUUUGUCCUUGGAGGCCCAUGUAUGGCUGCCUGACGGAGCAGUAUUGCAGUGCACAGGGAAGCAACACAUUUCUGUGGACAUGCCUCUGUCUUUUCUGUUUUCCACAUGUGACUUUAUGUCUUCCCAGAGGACAAACCUGCUCCUUAUUGUUUUCCAUAUGCAUUAAAAAUGGAAGUGUCACAGAUUAGAUGAAAAAAACCAAUUACUCCUCAACUAGCCAAAGGUGAAGAAAGGUCUUCCUGGGAAGAUUGGUGUGAGCUGGACAAGAAUUGUUGAGCAACCUGUUUUAAUCUAACAGAGAACAUUAUUAUAAGCAAUGCACUAUAUAUAGUAGUCUAAAUUAUAAUAUGAGCAUUACAGUUUAUACAUAUCAUAAAUUGUAAUAUCUGUACAUUAUCCUGAAUAUAUAUGGAUUGGAUAUAUAAUAUAUAUGUAUUGUUUCUCAUAAGGAGUAUAUAACAUACAUAAUGCUGUUUUUAUAUAAAUACAAGUAAUAAAUUAUUACAAGCAAUGCA